GCGCUGAAGGGCGGCGGAGUCAGACGGGCAGAUCGAGGAGGAGAGAGCGGAGCUGCGGGCACCCCGCGCAGGGACUGGGAGCCGCGUCUGGGCGCCGGGCUGCCAAGCAGGGGAGCCCGGCCCGGGGGAGCAGCGGGAGAGGCCGAGCUGUCCCAGAGCCGCCAGCCCCUUGCGGGGUCCCGCAUGGCCCGGCUCUGAGGGGCUGCGCUCGGGAGGAGCCCGGACGGGACGGGAGUCCAGGGCGAUGCUGCGCCUGCUGGAAGCCGAGCUGCUCUUCGCUUCCCUGCUCUCCGGACCCUUCCCGCCGCUCUCCGGGGAUCAGAAGAGCAAAUCUUGUCCCGAAAAUAAAAUCCUGACCAUGGAAUAUUCCUGCACAGGAGCGGGUGGGAUGCCAGCCACAUGCUUACGGAGGAAGUGCUGUGAGGGCUAUAGGUUUGUGAUGGGCCAGUGUAUCCCGGAAAGCGUGGAUGUAUGCGCCGACUUCCCAUGCGAGCAGCAGUGCACGGACAACUUCGGUCGCGUCCUGUGCACAUGCUUCCCCGGCUAUCGCUUCGAUAGAGAGCGCCACAAGACUCACCUGCACCCUUACUGCCUCGACAUCGAUGAGUGUGUGGAAAGCGGAGGUGCCAUCUGCGAUCAGCUGUGUACAAACACCCCAGGCAGCUACCGGUGCCACUGCCAGCGUGGCUAUUACAUAGCAUCUGAUGGGACAACUUGUCUGAAAUCCAGCAACGGCACCACAGUGGUCAAGUCAGAGACCCUGAUGGGCACCAGGUCCUGCUCCGUCACCUGCAAGGAGUUCACCAGCAUGAAACAGACAGUCUCCCAGCUGAGACAAAAGCUGCUGCUCCCCGUCUUGGAUAACAAGAGUGGGAAGUCCUGGUUGAGGAUUAACCGAAAACCAGCAGACUCCUCACACCGUCCUCCUGCCCUAGGGCCCCCAGGGCCUCCAGGUGACCCUGGAGCAACAGGGGAGAAAGGGAGUCCAGGGGCAGUUGGACCUCCAGGGCCUCCGGGAACCCCAGGGCCCCGCGGGGACAUGGGGCCAAUGGGACCGUAUCCUGACUUUGCGCAUAUCAAAAUCGGAAAAAGGGGACCAGUGGGCGCUCCUGGGGCACCUGGAAGGAAUGGCCAGAAGGGAGAACGAGGAUACCCCGGUCCCCGAGGGCCACCGGGCCCUCCGGGCUCCUUUGACUUCCUGCUCCUGAUGAUGGCUGACAUCAGGAAUGACAUCCGUGAACUACAGGAGAAAGUGUUUGGCCAGCGCUGGAGGAUGGAGUUUGAGACGCCGUCUGCUGACAGCAGGGACUCUGAGGUGCACGGAUGGGGAUCCGGCCAGGAGGAGCUGCUCCGGGGACCUAGACCCACACGCUCAGCCACAUGACUAGGUGGCAGACACCUGCUCCCCUACAGCUGGACUCAGGAGUUGCCCACACUCCAGAGACGUUGCUUGGACACAUGAUGCUCCAGGGAUAUUCUGUGGUUGCCAGACACUGCAGCUGAUUCGUCCCCUCGGGCCAAUUUGAUCCCCCCAUCACAGUCGCUGUCCAGAGCAGAGAGUCUAUUUAUUAUGAAUGUUAAAUGUUAUAUUUUUACACUAGAAAGAAUGGAAAAGGGGUAUUUUUAUAAAGGUGCUUUUCUGUCUCUUUGAAGAAGACGGGACAUUCUCUAGAUUCAGGGAGGAAGCCCUGGAUUUGCUUCUCCACAGCAGCUCAGCCUCUGCAGCAGUUUAUAUCCAGGGGAAAUACAGGGCAAAUGAGCUGGAAGGAAGGAAUAAAACACCGAGGGCCUGAUUCUAUUCUCACUCCAGUUUUACACCAGGGUCACUGUGUUGGUUUCACUUGCUCCCAGUUUACGCUAGUGUGAGUGGAAAAUCAGGUGCGGAUAAUCUCAGAUCCCUGCUGAUGUGUCCAAGGGAGAAUUCUUUACUGGCUUCAGAUCCGACCCUCUGUGUAACCUUGCUCCAGAAAGCUCAGUGUAACACCUACUCUUUAUGAUGCUCUGUCCCUCGCUCGUGAUGGCAGAUUGAUGAGGCUGCUACAGCUAGGUAGCUCAGACAACAGAAGCUUAUGGUUUCAGAUCCUCACUGCCAAUAACCCACAUGGUAGAAAGAGAGAGACAGAACGCUAAGGGCAAUUAAUAAAAGCUCACUGUGCAUGCAGGGUCCUCCUCGCCUGGGGAGAUGGUGUCACUCUUAGCCCUGGGCUUUCAUCCUAAGGAACUGUGAGCCCAGGUUACAUCCAGAAAUACUAAGGGCCAAAUGCAGCUGUGAAUCUAAGCUCCUAUCAUUUUUGCACCUCUCCUCUUGUAAAUGACACGAAUCUGGUCUGGCAUGCCUUUACCCUCCCUUCUGACUUUGGUCUCUGUAACAGGAGAGAUGGCAAUGCAAAUAACUGCAAACAGGGAAAAGUGAACAGGUUCCUUCUCCAGCUCUCCGGACCUGGGGAAAAUGUCAUCAGAACAUGAGCAAGGGAAUGAG